CAUCUUCAUUCUCCCAACCUCCAUUGAAGCUCUCUCUCUCUCUCUCUCUCUAUCUCUCUCUGUGGGCAGACAAGACAUAUAUACUGAGCACAAGAGGAUAAAGACAGAACAGUGACAAUGAAGCAAAAUCAUGGGAUAGCACUGAUGAUGCUUCUUCUUCUCAUCCUUGUUGUGUCCCACUCAUCUGCUCGCCUGCUGAAACCCAACUUCUCAGGUGAAGGUGGAGCUAUGGAUGAAAGUGGGAUCAUCGCUCAUCAUGCAGCAGCUUCAUAUUCGGAUCCAUCUGCUGAUUUCUCUAAUUUGAUGGGAACAGCAGAUGAGGAGUUGGAAGUGUGUGGGGAGGAGGAUGCUGAGUGUAUGAAGAGGAGGAUGACUGCUGAGGCUCACUUGGAUUACAUCUACACUCAGCACCAUAAGCCUAAGCCUUAAGAGAACUACUUGACUAUUAUGUGUCUGCAGGCCUUUUGUUGAAGGAACACACACACACAUAUUUCAUAAAUAUGGGAGGAUUAAGAAAAAUACAUAGAAACGGUCAAAGUUAGUUUGCUGUGAUUUAUGAAUAUGUGCUAUGAGAUGGUCAGGUAAAAUAGUCGACAUGUUUAAGGUUACUGAGGUUCUAUGGUAAUUGUACACUUUCUGGAAGCAAAUUAGUCCCAGCAGGAGACGAGAAGUGAAGCAUAUAUAUAUAUAUAUAAUCAAAUGGCUGAUGUAUUGUAUCUCUGUGUUUGUAUAUGGACAUGUGAAGUUAUGAACCUCAAAUCCUCCUUAUAUGUAUAUAUGUUCUCCCAUUAUGUGGGUGCUUUGAGAAAUUCACAUGAAUAUAUAUGGAGCUCUGAACUGAUUCCUUUUCUUGUAA